AUGGUUAUAAAUAAAUUAAUAUUAUUAAUUUUAUUAUUUUUUUGUAAAAUUUCAUAUGUUUUUACACAAAAAUUACCAGAUGGAUUUUGUCCAUCACCUUUAAUUUAUAAAAAUUCAACUGACAGAAUUAGUGAUAUCAAUAGAGGUUAUCAAUUUAUUGGAGAAACAAAUUGUGUACAACCUUGUCCAUCUUUGGUUUAUUCAGAAUCUGAUUGGAAAAAUUUUUUUGAUGCUAGUUUAUAUGGUGGAGCAAUUUCCAUAUUUUGUUCAUUAUUUUUAUUAAUAACCUAUAGUCCAUUAGUAAAUAAUAAACAUAAUAGACAUACUAUUUCAAUUAUGUUUUUAUUUUCUGGAAUUUUUAUAAUGUUGGCAUCAAAUGGAAGAGUUUUUUGGAAUAAUAAUGAAGGAUAUUUUGAUAGAAUUUGCCCUGAAAAAGGUAGAUUUGCAAGACAAUCUGAUAGAUAUUGUUUAGCUAUGGGAAUAUUUUAUCAAUUUGGUUGUUUAACUGGAAUGAUGUGGUGGACAACAUUAUCUGUUGAUGUAUGGAUGACAAUUAAAAAGAUUAAAAUUUCAAAUCGUCAAAUAUUUUAUUAUGCUUGUAUUGUUAAUUUUUUAGCGAUUUUCUUAACAUUUAUACCAAUUGCAAGAGAUCAAUAUGGUGCUUCAAAUUUUGGAAUUGGUUGUUGGAUUUUAGGUUUGUGGGAUCAAGUUUUUGGAUUUUGGGCACCAUUAGGUAUUUGUUUAACAAUUGGUUGUAUAUUUAUUACUCUUAUAAUGUAUGAAAUUUAUAAAGCAACAGGUCAAAUUAAAAAGAAAUUAUUAUUAAAAUAUUAUAAACCACUCGUUUUGAUAAUUUUAAUGUUUUUUGAAUUUUUUUAUAUGUUUAUUUUCAUAACAUAUAUUAUUGAUCAUAGAAAUAAAUAUAAUGAUGAAGUUGCUGAAUAUAUAGUUUGUAUAUUAAUAAAUUCUGGAAAUCCAAAUUAUGAUGAAAUUUGUAAAAUUAAAAGAUCAAUUCCUCCUGCAGCUCAAUUUUUAUUCUUUUUAUUUUCUAGAUUAAUGGGUUUUGAAGGUGUAAUUUUCUAUGGAUUAACUAAUCAAACUAAAAGAAUAUGGUUAAGAUCAUUUUGGUUUAAUAAUAGAAUUUCAUUAAAAUUUAGAUCUUCUUUUAAUAUUUCUUCAAGUACAAAUAGUAGUACAAAUACAUUUGAAAAACAAACUCCAUCACAUUUAGUUGACCCAAUUGAUCAAUUUGAUAAUAUUGAAAUUUCAAAUAAUCAAAAUAUAGAAUUAUCUCAAAUCGAAAACAAAUAA